CGGCCGAUGCUAUUGCUAUAAGAAGGGGGGCAGGGCAGACUCUCCUCUCAUCACCACACAACACCACAGCAGAGCAGAGCAGAGCACCCUCCCUCACCUCCUUGAGCUUGAGAUCAGAUCAGAUCAGAUCAGAUCGGGUGCUAGGCUCGCUUUGCUUCGCUGCAAGAUCCAAUCCAUCCAUGGCUCCCUCACAGGAGGUCGUCGCCGCCGCCGCCGCCAAGGAGCCAUCCACCAACGGCAACGGCAACGGGACAACGGCGGCCCCGAAGACCACCAGCAAGGCCCCGGCGCUGAACGAGCGGAUCCUGUCGUCGAUCUCUCGCCGGUCGGUGGCCGCCCACCCGUGGCACGACCUUGAGAUCGGCCCCGAGGCGCCGACCAUCUUCAACUGCGUGAUCGAGAUCCCCAAGGGGAGCAAGGUCAAGUACGAGCUGGACAAGAAGACUGGGCUCAUCAAGGUGGACCGUGUGCUCUACUCCUCCGUCGUCUACCCGCACAACUACGGCUUCAUCCCGCGCACCCUCUGCGACGACUCCGACCCCAUCGACGUCCUCGUCAUCAUGCAGGAGCCCGUCGUCCCAGGAUGCUUCCUCAGGGCAAAGGCCAUCGGGCUCAUGCCCAUGAUUGACCAGGGCGAGGCCGACGACAAGAUCAUCGCCGUCUGCGCCGACGACCCCGAGUACCGCCACUUCAACGACAUCAAGGAGCUCCCGCCCCACCGCCUCGCAGAGAUCAGACGCUUCUUCGAGGACUACAAGAAGAACGAGAACAAGGAGGUGGCCGUCAACGACUUCCUGCCGUCGGAGGACGCAUACGAGGCCAUCCAGCACUCCAUGGAUCUCUAUGCCACCUACAUUUGCGAGGGCCUGAGAAGGUAGAUAAUAGAUCCGGCGACGCCAUGCCGCUUGCUGGACGAUGUUGACGAAAAGUUAUUCGUGUCAAGAGCGUUAUCUACCUCAUCAGUCAUAAGCAUACAUACAUUCUUGUUUUAUGUUACCUACCUGCAUACAUACACAUAUAUACUACUAGUAUAUGAUAUUGAUCCCCCAAAGCCUUGCAUUAAGGCAGUAGUAGCAGCCAGAUAAACAGGGCAUUCUUUCCCCAACUACCUUAUGUAAUACGAUUUACCUGGCUGAAUGAAUAUGAGAUGUUGGCAUA